AUGAAGUUGGCCUUCCUCUCGAAAAAAACUUUCUUUCAGAGAUUCCAGAGUAACCAGAUGGUUUGCUAUCGGUUCACAGAUUUCCCCAUCAGGAUGGACGACACUUCGUUCAAUGUCAUGGCGAGGUACACGGUGGGAUUACUGCAUGUGCCAGGAUUCAACACGAUAUGCAUCCGCGUGAAUUGGACGGGCUUACCGAACCGUAUGUGUGCCGUGAUCUCGUUUGGGAGCACAGAAAAUGAAAUACGAAAAGCUGUUGAGGAAUGUGCUCAUAAUCUCGAACGAUAUGACCACCUGGCUGUCAUGAUUGGCACAUAG